AUGCCCCUGCGUCUAUGCGCUCCAUCGCCCCCAGGCAUUCAACCUGACGCCCUUCUCGACACGUAUUUCUCCAGAUUCCACGCCAAACCGUUCUACAUCCUCGAUGAAUCGUCCGUUCGGCAGAGGCUGCAAUUGAAUCAGCUUCCAACGUACUUGGUCCACGCCAUAUACGCCGUGGCUGCCCGGUAUACACCUCAUCCGAGCGGAUACCAAUCUGCGGUUAAGCUGAGCGAGGAACAUGCUACACGCGCAAGGAUGGAGAUCGACCUUGAUGAGCCAUCCAUCGAUGCUUUGCAGGCUUGUCUUCUUCUGGUUACGGCCUUUACCGCAGCUGGAAAGGGGAAGAAGGCAUACAUGCUUCUAACCAAUGCUGUCGGAAUGGCCAUGGCACAGGAGCUGCAUCGAGAAAUGGAUCCACGAGCAGGCGUCACGCCAGUCGAACGCGAGACGCGACGGAGGCUCUUCUGGACGUGCUACUUGCUUGAUCGAUUCAUGGCUUGCGGGUCAAAAAGGCCAUGCUUGGCUGGCGACAAAACCAUUUUGCUACGUCUACCGUGCUGGUCACCGAAUCCAGCAGCACUACCGAUCGAAGGAGAGUUCUUCCAGAGCGCUUCCAGUCUUCAGUAUCUGCAGGGCGCUGGAAAGAAGUCACAAGGGAGCAGUGGGAUGCUGAUCGACAUCAGCCGAAUUCUCGGCAUCACAAACCGGUAUCUUGCAGCAGGAGGCGUCAAAGGCGACUCCCAUUUCCCAUGGCACUCCCUCUCCAACCUGUCGAAAAUCCGACAAGACUUGGACAUAUGGGCUUCUGGCACCGAGGACGUUUUCUCGAGCCUCGAUACCCUCUUUGGCCAGAACGACUCGACCGUUCUCGUGCUCAGCAAGCUGAUCUACCAUCUGAUACACUGCCUGAUCUACCGGCCUUUCCUCCCGAUCGAUCUGGCGGAGCUGGCGGGCAAUGGCCAGCACCAAUCGUGGCAGAUCGAGGCCACCAACAUGUGCUUCCUGCAUGCCAACGCAAUCGCCGAAUUGGUAGAACUCGGGAAGCAGACGGCGACCAUCGAGUGGCCUGCAUUCGUGGGUUACUGCAUCUGCACGGCCGGCACGGUUCACAUCCACGGCGCACAUUACAGCAAACUUGGCCCUGGUGGAGAGAUGAGCGUCUUCAACUCGUCCGCCGAGUUCCUCUCCAGGGAGAUGCAGCAACUGAGCGAGUUGCGAUAUGCUUGGGCCAGCGUGCAACACCAACGCGAAACACUGCAGAGCAUCUUCAACGCGCACACCGAACUAGUCAAGAGCUUCGCGAACAUGCGGUAUUCUCCUGCCUUCCAACUUGAGGAUUUCUUCGAUCGAUACUCGAACAUUGGUGGGCCAGGUGGCCAGACCUUUAAUUUUGACGCUGCCAACCUCAGCCUAGCUGACGUCGUGGUUGACUUCACCGCUGACGCAUAUACUGGGCACGACUUGUACGCACCGCGGGAUCAGGGUUCUGAACGACCAAACCUCAAACGCAAGCCAACCCUGCAAGGAGGCCGACGGAGAGCAGACUCGAAGUCGCUGGCCCCGUUGGCCAGCAAUGUCAAUAUGAACACACACAUACACACAGGCUUGCCAACGCCAUCACAGCCCCGACACCCGGCAUUUUCGACACACGGCAUGCCAGUCCGCCCGCCACAUCCCUCGCCGGCGAUGCUCCACAGCCCUGCGUCGAUUGCGUCCCACGCGGGGCUUCCAGAACAUGGACACAUGAAUGGUAUGCAGGACUCCGACGAGAUCGCGAACAAUGCCGCCAUGGCGGCUGCUGCUGCUGCUGGCUUCUCCAUCCCACAACAUCCACAACAUCCUCCACCUUCGCAGCCCCAAGCCAAUCCUUUCAGCCCCCCUUAUGCGAGUUUUGGUCACAUGCCUGGUUCGACCCCCGGCCCCGCCUCCCCACCGAACAAUCAGAACAACACGAGCGGAACAUCCUAUGACCCUAUGUUCGGUGGUUUGCCUACUAACGCUUUCUCAAGUCCCGCCGCAUGGAAUGGCAAUGAGGGAACUCCCAGACCAGCAGGGGUUCAGCUGGCACCUAGUCCAGGUGGAAUGAGCAACAACGGCAGCACCGGCACAGGGCCAGGCGAGGAGAAGGACCCGUUCCUCAGCCUACUGGAGCAGCUUGCAGAGAACGAGAAUGCACGCGGGCCGGGAUCCGAGUUCGACUUCUUCUUCGCAGGCACAGCUCCGCAAUGA